CGACGGACGGUGCGUUGCAGCUGCUAAAAUCCAAAAAACACACAUUUUGAGCACUGAAAGCCAAAAAGAAGAGAUGGGGGAGCAGCCGGUCCGAGUGUUGGCGUGUGGGGAUGUCGAAGGUCGUCUGAGCGCUCUGUUCAGUCGAGUCCAGGCCAUCCAGAAGAAGACCGGACAGUUUGACCUGCUGUUGUGCGUCGGAGAGUUUUUCGGGACGACGCCGGAGGCCGAAGCAGAGUGGCAGCAGUACAAGACUGGAGCCAAGAAAGCUCCCAUCCACACCUACAUCCUCGGGGCAGCGAGUCAGGAGAUGGUGAAGCACUUUCCCAACGCUGAUGGUUGCGAACUGGCUGAAAACAUCACGUAUCUGGGUCGGCGAGGCGUGUUCACCGGCGUGUCGGGGCUGCAGAUCGCCUACGUCAGCGGUCGGGAGGCCCUUCAGGAACCGGCGCCGGCUCACUGCUUCACCUCCAAAGACCUGUCGGCCCUCGUGACGCCUCUGACCGGCAACUCCAAGUUCAGGGGCGUCGACAUCCUGCUGACGUCGCAGUGGCCGCGAGGAGUCUGGCACUUCGGGAACAACCCGGACGUGAACACGAAGUUCUGUGGAAGCAGCUCCGUCGCCACCCUCGCCGACAAACUGAAACCGCGGUACCACUUCGCUGCACUAGAGGGCGCUCACUACCGACUGUUUCCAUCCCCAAAGCAUCAUGGGAACUUAUCCUGACUGUAAGUUUUAGCACUCAUACUUUCCUUGUGUCUGCAGUAUCUGUACGCCUUCAACAUCAUCCCCAUGAAGACCAUGGACCCGUCAGAGCUGGUGAAGCAGCCUCAGGACACGACCGAAAACCCGUACAGACGCCCCAACAAAGACAAGACGGACGCUCACAAGACGGCGUUCAGCGGCGCAGAGGAGGAGGAACCGGUCAACCAGUUCUUCUUCGACCUGAGCACGAAGCAGGGCGGAGCUUAUCGAGGCCGCGGCAGGAAACGACCGUCGGACGGCGACAGACACCAACAGUGGCAACAGAAGCAGCCGCGCAAACACCCUCAGCCGUCUGGUCCCUGCUGGUUCUGUCUGGCCAGUCCUCAGGUGGAGAAACACCUGGUCAUCAGCAUAGGAAGUCACUGCUACCUGGCUCUGGCUAAAGGCGGACUGACGCCCCACCACGUCCUCAUCCUGCCCAUCGGCCACUACCAGUCGGUGGUGGACCUGAGCUCGGAGGUGGUCGAGGAGAUGGAGAAGUACAAGUCGGCGCUGAGGAGCUUCUACAAGAGCAAAGGCGAACGCUGCAUCCUGUUCGAGAGGAACUACAGGAGUCAGCAUCUGCAGCUGCAGGUGGUGCCGGUGCCGCUGGACCGCUGCACCACCGACGACAUCAAGGAGGCGUUCGUGGUCCAGGCCCAGGAGCAGCAGAUGGAGCUGAUGGAGAUCCCCGAACACACCGACCUCAAACAGAUCGCUCCUCCCGGGACGCCGUACUUCUACGUGGAGCUGGACUCGGGGGAGAAACUCUUCUACCGCAUCCAGAAACAUUUUCCUCUGCAGUUUGGACGGGAGGUUCUGGCCAGCGAGGCGCUGCUCAACAUCCCGACUCGGGCCGACUGGAAGGAGUGCAAACAGACCAGAGAGGAGGAGGAAGAAAGCUGCAAGCAGCUGAGAGACGACUUCCAGCCGUUCGACUUCGCCUGGGAGGACUAGAGCGCACACGAGUCUGUGCAGCCGUCUACGGGGACCGUGUUGGCUACGAGGACCUCAGACCUCAUGUCCCAGAAGGUCCAGAACCCAACAUGGUCUCCAUGAAGAGACGUUUACAGCCUCAGCCUGGAGCAUCGUCUGUUUGUUUCUGCUCUCAGAGGAAUACUUUGACAUUAUCCAUCGAUCAGGAUCACCCUCACAUGUAGAAGCAAAGCUAUAGCUAACAGCUGGUUAGCUUAGCAUAGCACAAACCCAAACCAGUUAGCUGCUGAGUUGAGAUUUUGUUUCCUUUCGAUGGAGCUAAGCUAACAGUUCCCCCCAGUUUCUAGCCUUUAUGCUAAGCUAACCAGCUGCUAACUCCAGCACAGGCUUGAAGCUGGAAUCAAUCCUGUUACUUACAUCAGCAAGAAUAUUAACUUCCCAAAGUGUCAAAGUAUUCCUUCACAUCAGGGUUUAGUGUUUUAUAAACCUUUUUUUUUUUUAAUAAACAGUUGAUGCUGGUAAAAAAUAAUGUUUUAUAAAAAGAGAAAAGUCUCCCAUUAAAGUUUAGUAGAUUUUUUUUUUGAUGCAGAAUUUAAUUUCAGAGUCUUCAUCUGUUAAAGUGAAGAUAAAAUUCUCAAACCCUCUCAGUUUGUUUUUGUUUUUCAGGCUCAAACAUCAGUAAUCACAAGCUGACAAACCGUAAAACCACAACCAGCAGAUCAUGAGUCUUUGACGUCGUUUCUAUCGAGGCCUUUUUGUUUCUGGGUGAAAAAGUUUUUAAAAGUAUUUCUUGUAUUUUGUAAAUGAGCAACAAUUAAACUCUUAUUUUCGA